AUGAAGAAGCCUCGAUCCUUAGGCGCAUUGGCGCUUUUCGCUCCUGGUGCGUUUGCGCAGAGCUGCAUAUCACUGGCUGGUUCGACGACGUGCCCUGCAUUCAACUCUUCCUCUAUAUCGACAGAUUCUACUUUAGUUGCCCUAUAUCCCUUCCUUGCUUUCGUGACAUCGACCGAGAGCUUCGACACCCAAUUAAGUCAAUAUGUCGAUCAGCAAUAUGUACAGACAAAAUAUGUCAAUAUCUUUGGUUGCGACAAUGUCAACCUGGGCAACACUUCCAGUUACUAUGCCCGUUAUACGACCAGCUUUCUCUGCAAUGGAAUUGUCCAGAACUCAAGGACACCAUGCGGUCUAUCUGCCGCCGACUCCGAACCUCUGUGUGCCGAUUCUUGUGCCGAACUGGCGCUGAGCGAGGAACAAAUUGUCUCGGGCGACCUGUGCACGGGUCGCAACAGCGACUAUGCCGACGAACUCCGAGCCGACUUCACCAACUGUGCAUUGCCUGCCAAUUCUAUUAGUGGAAGCUGUAUCACAGGCGAGUCGAACGAGCCUUCGGACUGUGGGUUCGGUGGCAAUUUGAUGGGUCUGUGCAGCUUCUGUCGCUCAAGCACCCUUAAUGGGACAGACUCGUGCUGCUUGACUUCCAACGCGACUGGCCGAUGCCAGGAUGUUACGCUCCCAGUCUUCUCCACGAUUUCCAAUCUCUUUUCCUCCACCACCAGUGCGACGUCUUCACCUACCUCGAGCUCAACAGCUGCCGCUAGCCACAAAGGCAGUGGGUUGAGUGGCGGUGCGAUCGCCGGAAUCGUUAUCGGAUCCGUCGUGGGAUUUCUUCUCCUACUUGCCGUGAUCAUCCUGUGCUUCAUAUGCCUGCGUCGCAGACGCGAUCAUAGCAAAGCAGGCAGUGUUCUCAAUCAACCUUCACCCCAGAGGAAGGGUGUCGUAUCUGCGUCCUACAACCCACCCAUGUCGCAGCAAGGAUAUGAGGUCUUACCCGGCGGACGUGUCGCCCGUAUGUCUGCUCUGCAGGAUGAUCAACCAGGUGUUGGACCUACAGUCGGACCGCGGAACUAUACAUCUCAUACUGACCCAUACGGUGACAGUCCAGAAUCGCGCGAAAAGGCGCUGGGUGCGGUUGGUGCGAUGAAAGCUAAUGGCUCACCGGGCAGCGACUCACAGCAUGGAUCAUCUCCAGGCGACUUCUCGUCCCCCGAAGGCGUCGCAAGUGGACAAUCAGAGCAGCUGCCGUUCUUCAAGGACUAUUACUCUAACGAUGACAUUCACCCCGGAGAUAAGGUCUCGGUGCUAUGGGCGUAUCAACCUCGAGCCGGAGACGAGUUUGAACUGGAACGUGGUGACAUGCUGAAAGUGGUCGGCAUCUGGGAUGACGGCUGGGCAACCGGAGUGCGUAUCAACGAACGGGCAGAAGACUACGAUGGCAAGCAUAAGGUGCAACGAGACAGUGGUGUCUCGAACGGAUCCGCAACUCGCGAAGAAUCUCCGACCCCGUCAGGCGAGAUUAAAGCCUUUCCCCUUGUCUGUGUCUGCUUGCCGGAAGCCUGGAAGAAAACGGUAGAAGGCGACACAUCUACAGAAAGCGGCUCAGGCGGUGCUCCACCGAUAUGA